AUGGCGUCCAAGAAGCCGAAAGACGAACCUCCAAAAGAAGAACCUGUAAAUAUUGUGGCUGAGGAGCCGGAAAUUACUGAUACAGAAGCAGACGAUAAAGCGAAAGUGGUGGAUAUUCUACUCUGUAUCCUUUGUGACAAACAAAUCCGUGUACCUAAGUGCCUUCCUUGUUUGCAUUCGUUUUGUGAACCAUGUCUGACAAAAUAUGUGGAGAAAAUUAUCAAGGAUUCUCCGGGAAAGAUAGAAAUACAUUGUCCAGAAUGCAAAAUGAUGGUGUUCCAAACAUUAGGCAAACUAAACGCUAAAUCGUACGCAGAAAACCUACCAAUUGGUACCGUGUGUUCCACUCUGUUAUGUGAACCAGCCAUUGAACAAAAGGUUUGUCAUUUUAAUGAUGGUUGCACAAGGGAGGCUGUGAAGUGGUGUGGAUACUGUGCAAAUGCGUUAUGUUUCGAUCACAUGGAUUUGCAUCGGCAGCUAACCACAAUGAAGAUCUACCACCCUACGACAGAUCUACAAGAUGCUACAAAGCUGAGAUUCCCUUAUCAAAAGUGCGUUCAUCAUCCAAAAGAGGACAUGGCGUACUUUUGUCCUCGUGACUGGACAACAACGUGUAACAUUUGUGGGAAAAUACAGCACAGAACCUGCUAUUUCCUUAAUAAAGGCGUGCUACAGAUAUCAGAAGUUGCCCCGGAAAUUAAAGGAAAUCAUACUACGAAGGAAUUAGAUCCGAAACUAGACUUUCUUGAAACUGAAUCUCAAGAGCUUUCAGAUGAUAGAAAACGUAAUUUACAAAGAUUAGACGAACAACUCCAAAUGGGAAAAGAUAACAUUUCAAUUUUCCGUAAAGUUAUGGACGAAUACCUAGAUGAAAUAGAACAAAACUUAAAUGGAGAACUAGAGUCAAAAUAUGAAAAGGUUAAAAGCGAUUUAGAAAAUGAGAAAAUGAUCAUUGAUACAAGACUACGGACAGUAAAAUAUUAUAAACUAAUGUUAGAGGCUAUUCAUUCAAAAUCAACCAGCCUCCAAUCCGUUACAGAGUUGGCUAAACUGAGAGAACAAACAGAAAAUAUAAACUGUGAUAUACAGCAGAGAAAGAGAACCUUGAAACGUACGAACUUAUCUGUUCAACCGGUACAUGAUUUGGAAAAAGCACUGCCAAAAAUGGGUUCCGUCCAUAUUAAAGAAUUUGGUCGUAAUUUAGGACUAGGACACUGGUCACUCAGAAGGUCGAAAAGUACUCUUUAUAAUUAG